AUGGCGUUCCGAUACCGUCGCGAGGGCCAAUUCACAAAGUUCCGCGUCCACUUUGACCGCAGCGGGUUCCGGCCUUACAUCGACGAGUUGAAGUGGGAGAUUAUGGAAUGGCACUACAAACGUGCCAUGGGACCUCAGAUGAAAAAGACGCUCAUGAGCUUUCAGGAAGGCUCGGAGAAACUGCAGUACAUGCAUGAUCUAAUUGCCUUGGGAACGGCUCAAGCAAAGUUCCCACAUGCGACGAAACGCUUCUUUUUCGUCCCCGCCCUGCCCGUGACAAUCCCGUAUCGUCGGUCCUCGAAUCCAUUCUGCCUCCUCUCGCCAAACAAAACAGGCUGGCUCCAGUGGUCUCCGAAGCAGCGCGUGCCUUUCCCCGAGCCUCUCGGCAAACGCAAGAUUGGCGGCACCGAUCCUCAGCCGCCUGUCUUCCCGAAAGGCUCCUGA